AACCCGUUGAGCAACCUCAGCCUGCAGCGGUUCAGAAAACGCCAGAGAGCCUGAAGUACAUCAGCCUUGUGCUUCUAACACUACAGAAUGCUCUGCUUAUCCUGGUUAUGCGAUAUGUCAGGACGAGAGAGGGAGACAUGUUCAUUGCGACCACAGCUGUAAUUAUGUCGGAGGUCUUCAAAUGUGGUGCUUGUCUCGUCAUAAUCUUAAUUCAGGAGGGAAGCGUGAGGAAGUGGCUUCAUCUUCUGUAUGCAGACAUAAUUCUGGAACCCAUAGAUUGUGUCAAGGUGUCAGUUCCCUCACUCACCUAUGUUCUUCAAAAUAACCUACUGUAUAUAGCUGUGUCAAAUCUGGAUGCUGCCACUUUUCAGGUUACUUACCAGCUGAAGAUUUUGACCACUGCCAUCUUUUCUGUGCUGAUGCUGAAGAAAGUCCUGAGCAAGCUGCAGUGGAUAUCUUUAGUUAUUUUAUUUGUAGGCGUGGCCGUUGUUCAGAUGCAGCCAGAGGCUUCCGGCAAGGCGGCACUCGCUGUGGAACAAAGCCCUGUCAAAGGCCUAGUUGCUGUUAUAAUUUCAUGUUUCAUGUCCGGAUUUGCCGGUGUUUACUUUGAAAAAAUUCUAAAAGGCACCAGGCAGUCGGUGUGGCUGAGGAAUGUCCAACUUGGGUUCCUAGGAGUUAUUAUUGGAAUCAUCACAAUGUACAUUAAUGAUGGAGCCAAGGUGCAGGCAAAGGGGUUCUUCGUUGGCUAUGAUGGGGUAGUCUGGUUUGUUGUUUGUCUGCAAUCAUUUGGUGGUCUUCUUGUUGCUGUUGUAGUAAAAUACGCUGAUAAUAUACUCAAAGGUUUUGCUACAUCUGCAGCGAUUAUCGUGUCCUGCAUUGCUUCCAUGUAUUUCUUUGACUUCCAUCUUUCUAUACAGUUCACAGUCGGUGCUUUCUUGGUAAUAAUUGCAGUUUAUAUAUAUAGCAAAUAUGUACCUAUCCAAACACCAUCAUUGACAAUUGUGGUUUCAAGAAAAGUUUAA